ACGCUUACGGCUUACCCUUUCGUUGCUUGAACAACUUUCUUAUUCCCUCCCUCUCUUCUGCUGCUUCUUUUGCCUUCGGCGUUUUCGAUGCACUCUGCAAAAGAUAAGGGGGUUCGUAUAAUUUAUACUGGUAAAUAAGGUUGUUGGAAUUGAAUGAGGAACUUUAUCCGGUACAUACUUUGCAACACCAUCAGAUCUUAGGCUUUAACAGUGAAGAAAGCAUGACGAGCCUCGAGUCCACUGAAGGGUCCAAGCACUGCCCCUUGAGUACUCUCAGAAUUAUUAGGGGUGUGAUAUGUUUAGCCGUUCUCCUUUCGACUGCAUUGAUGUUCUUGAUAUACUUUGUGCCCGUGGCAGUAUUACUCUUGCGCCCUUUCAGCGUUAACUGUAGCAGGAAAGUAGUUUCUCUUCUAUUUGGCAUUUGGCUAGGAUUAUGGCCAUUUUUGUUCGAGAAGAUAAAUAAAACCAAAGUGAUUUUCUCGGGAGAUCGAGUUCCAGCAGGGGAGCGUGUUUUGCUGAUUGCCAACCACAGAACCGAGGUGGAUUGGAUGUACUUGUGGGAUCUAGCGUUGAGGAAGGGAUGCUUGGGUCACAUGAAAUAUGUACUCAAGAAAAGUUUGAUGAAAUUACCGAUCUUUGGUUGGGGAUUUCAUAUCCUAGAGUUCAUCCCUCUGGAGAGGAAAUGGGAAGUGGACGAACCUGUCAUGCAGUCGAUGCUUUCAACUUUUACCAACCCGCAGGAUCCGUUGUGGUUAGCUGUGUUUCCAGAAGGAACUGAUUUCACUGAACAAAAGUGCAUUAGAAGCCAAAAAUUUGCUGCUGAAAAUGGAUUUCCAGUGAUGAAGAACGUGCUGCUCCCCAAGUCAAAGGGCUUCACUGCCUGCUUGGAUACUCUGAGGCAUUCCUUGGAUGCAGUUUACGACAUAACAAUUGCAUACAAGAACCGAUGCCCUUCUCUCAUCGACAAUGUGUUUGGAGUAGAUCCAUCCGAAGUGCACAUGCACGUCAGGCGCAUCCCGAUCGAGGUGAUGCCAGAAUCGGAGGGUGUUGGAGCUUGGUUAAUGGAGAUUUUCGAGUCCAAAGAUCGGUUACUCUCUGAUUUCAUUGCCAAUGGCCACUUCCCUCACCAAGGAACAGAAGAACAACUCUCCACUGCAAAAUGCUUGAUUAAUUUUGCAGUAGUGAUUGCUUUCACCACCCUAUUCAUAUUUCUUACAUUCUAUUCAUCCAUUUGGUUCAAAGUAUAUGUAGGGUUUUCUUGUGUAUACCUAGCUUCUGCUAGUUAUUUGGACAUCAAGCUAUAACACCUUACAAGUUAUACCCAUUAUGAUUUGAUAUAUCAAAAAUUCUCAUAUUCAUUGAUAACUGUAUAUACAUUAAGAGC